UGAGCUUAAACUGAUGGGUCCAUGUUGUGGGUUUUUUUCCUAAACCUCACCAGUCGAUAUUAUUACACACAUUUCUUGGUAUUUUGCGCCAUUUAAAAAAUACGCACAGCAUGCGAGACUUUCUCUCAGCCUUCACCUUAACGUGUCGGUGGUGUCCAAGCCACAUGUCAACGAGUAAAGACUGUUUCCCUUUCCUCCAGCCACCAAAACUAAAUCUACAUAUGACAUACCACACAAUCACCGUGCGUCAAGAUAUGAAUGAUACAAACACCAGUAGCUUUAACGCGCAGCAACAGCCUUUUAAAACACUUUGCCUUUGUUAUUGUGGGCUAAAUAUACCCAUGUGGAGGAAGAGCGCCCUGUGUGGGAAGUUAAUGCAGCACAUUAUCACCCUGUGCUGACUGAGCAUGUUACAUGGGGUAUUGUGUUAUUAUUGUGUGCAUGACAAUAAUGCUACUUUUUUUUUCUCUAGGGAGUUUUUGGUUCCCUAAAGUGAAUUAAAUGUUUUAUAUUUUCACAGUUUUUUAGCCAGUGAAAGUGUGCCAGUUUUGUAGUAUAUAUUUUAAAAGCUGGUUUUAACUCCUUUAUAUGGGUCUAAUUAAUCAUGUUGCUGGGUAUGGUUUCUUAAUUGUGAGGAUUUAUUGCUUCCUUUGUCUUAUAUGACAGUAAACUGAGUGUCUUGGACUAUUGGUCGGACAAAAUGACUUCCUGGGCCUUAAGGAAACUGUGACGCUUUAUAGAUACUCUACAGACCAAAUGAUGAUCAACCAAGAAGACAGUCUGCAGUUUAAUCAGUAGGGAAAAUGAUUAGUAGUUGCAGCCCUGUUUAUUUUUAUGUUUCAGUACAGUGUCUAGGCUAUAUUCUUGAAUUAAUUAUAUGAUUUUAAUCAUCACAUGACAUCACAGCUUGUGUUAACCCAUAGCUUUAUUGAUUUUCAUUUGUUUGAGGACCUACACUUGCUGGAGCUGAGGUGUUUGGCAGUUCACCAUAAUGAGGAACAAGCCCUUUAAAGGCUGCUUGGCUGUUACAUAACUGUAAAUUCUGCAGUUAUUCCAGGGUCAAUAAAGCUGUUAAUAAUAGUAAUGAAAAUAGGUUUAGAUGUUUGUUUUUUUUUCUUUAAGUGAUGACCUUGCAGGGUUCAUUACACGGCAGUUUUUUGGAACCUGCAUCAUGGGUCUUGUAAAUAUGCUUAAGGUUGGAAAAGUUUACAAGCCUGUUGCAGGUUGCUAGUUUUAAUCUUUGACUCUCUUGGAAAGAUGUGGGUGUGCAAAUGUGAAUACUCCUGUGCCAGAACUGGUCAGAUGGUGUGAAACAAAGCACUUAACUCCCACUUGAUUGAGUGAAGGUGGUGCCUGGUCAUCAUGGAAAACUGUGGCUUGUACUGGUGAAAGCACAAUAUGAAAUAUUGUUUUAAAAGAUUUGAAAAUACUGAACAGAGUAGGGCUGAAAAAAACUUUUAACUGAUUCUGGGAUAUAGACAGAAAGUCUAGGGAACUUUUCUCUGUGUAAUCAAGGUGGAGGGGGUGAGGGGGUAUGUUUUUGACUUUGGCCUCUAUCUAAACACCAACACCCUAUAUGGGUUUUUCAUGCUGGGUUCAUCGCGGUGGAGAAUGAGCAGAUAAGCCCGACUGCGGUCAGCGACCUCGGCGUGUGCGGGGAUCAAAGUGGCUGAGAGUUGGAGCAGGAGCCGGACAGGUGCACGGUGUGUGGAGGUCGAUCUUUUAUCCAUGUGGGAAGCAGCCAGCUGUGCUCUGCUGUCACACUGAACAGAAUAUCUGCAUUUCAGUCUGCCCAAGUAUAUUCACGAUACCGAGUACCUUUAAAGAAUCACCUUCAGUGAACACACACAAGCCAAAAAGAAUCUGCUACUGCAACUUGGACCAUGGAACCUGCUCAGUCAGAGAUGAACAUCUUAUCCAACGGGAAAAGUCACGACCUCGGAGAUGACAUGAGUGUGCCAAUGAAGACAAUGCUAGAGGAGGAUCAAAAUGGCACUCAAACUGUCAGAUUUGACGACCCUGAUGGAGGACUGGAGAAUGAGGAGUUUUUGCCCAGUACAGACGGAAAGAAACCUAUACGCUUCACAGAUUUUGAAGGGAAGACCUCUUUUGGCAUGUCUGUCUUCAACCUUGGUAAUGCUAUUAUGGGCAGUGGAAUCCUGGGAUUGGCCUAUGCCAUGGCCAACACUGGCAUACUCCUCUUCUUGUUUCUUCUGACUGCAGUCGCAGCAUUGUCAUCUUACUCCAUUCAUCUGCUGCUCAAAUCCUCUGGCAUUGUGGGAAUUCGAGCUUAUGAACAGCUGGGGUACAGAGCCUUUGGCACUCCUGGAAAAAUGGCUGCUGGUAUCGCAAUUACCCUGCAGAAUAUUGGAGCUAUGUCCAGCUACCUGUACAUUGUUAAAUCUGAGUUACCGCUGGUCAUCCAAGCUUUCCUGAAGGCAGAUCCCAACUCUGAUCUGUGGUACUUGAAUGGAAAUUACCUGGUCAUCAUGGUCUCUGCCUGUAUCAUCCUGCCCCUGGCUUUAAUGAAGCAACUUGGUUACCUCGGCUAUACCAGUGGAUUUUCUCUCAGCUGCAUGGUGUUCUUUCUCACUGCAGUUAUCUAUAAGAAGUUUCAGAUUCCCUGCCCAUUUGAGGAGUUCUCAGCCAACAGCACUGCUGCCCUCCUCAGCACGAACAUCUCAAGCCACGGCCAUGAGUACAUCAACGGUGUGGUUCACACUGAUGAUGACGACUCCCACUGCUCCCCACGCAUGUUCACCAUCAACUCACAGACAGCGUACACCAUCCCCAUUUUGGCUUUCGCCUUCGUUUGCCACCCUGAAGUCCUGCCCAUUUACACCGAGCUCCGCAAUCCAACAAAGAAGAAGAUGCAGAAAGUGUCCAACAUCUCCAUCUUUGUCAUGUACAGCAUGUACUUCCUGGCAGCUCUCUUUGGCUACCUGACCUUUUAUGACAACGUGGAGCCUGAACUGCUGCACACCUACAGCCGGAUUGAUCCCUAUGACACUUUGAUCCUGUGUGUGCGAGUGGCCGUCCUCACUGCUGUCACAUUGACCGUCCCUAUUGUGUUGUUCCCUGUGCGUAGAGCCAUUCAGCAGAUGUUAUUCCCCACCAAGUCAUUCAACUGGUUGCGUCACACCGCCAUUGCUCUCAUUCUGCUCACUUUAAUCAACAUGCUGGUGAUAUUUGCUCCUAACAUUCUGGGCAUCUUUGGCAUCAUUGGUGCCACGUCGGCUCCCUGCCUCAUUUUCAUCUUCCCUGCUGUUUUCUACAUCCGCAUUGUCCCCAAAGAUGAAGAACCCAUGAGCUCAGUUCCUAAGAUACUGGCUUGCUGUUUUGCUGCUCUGGGCGUCUCCUUCAUGGUAAUGAGUCUGAGCUUCAUAUUCAUCGACUGGACAAUGGGGGGCGGCCAUGCUGCAGGAGGCCACUAGAGGCUGCUUCAGUGUGUCUGGGUUUAGAAAACAGGGGGGAAAAACUGGUUAAUGUAAAGGGAGCACUAUCACCUCAGUGGGAACACACUACAGGGCUGCCCAGCACACAGCCUGGGGUUUGUGAGAGUAAAAAAAUAUACAGUAUUGUGGGUUGGAAUCACUUGGAUUGACCAAGUUGAAUUAACUUUUUGACCGUAACACAUAUCUUAUCAAAAUCCUUUCAUAAAAGCGUUAAUAACUCAUUUUAACGUGGUGCAAUGGUAAUGUAAUUUAUAUGAAUAAUCAGGACUGAACAGGGUCUUUUUUUAUGACCAUCUGUUUGUGCGACAAAGUCCACAUCCAUGAUGGUGAAAUGGUCCUUUCCUGUUGCUUCCUCUUUAUUUACACACAAACAGCUGCAUCUGGUACUGUAUAGACAAAAGAUGGUAUGAUUACCUUUUAGGCUGGAGGUGGAAAGGCAUGAAGAAAUACAUAAGAGAUGGCUAAAUAACUUAGAAGUUAUUUGUACAAAGCAUAAUGAUUAUUUUCCACGAGACGCACAAAGUAGGAUUCAUCCUGAACCAGCAGCACUCUGAACUGUUCAUCAUCUUCGUGUAAUGUGAGACAAAAAGUGCUUUAAAGCCUUAAAGGGCAGGUGACAUUUCAUUUUCAUGAUCUGUCAAUUGCCAGAGUUGUUAUGUAGUGUAGUAUGAUGCAGUCUAAGCUUUUGUUCCUUAUGCAUAAAUCAGCAAUUUAUUCACAAGCCCUGGUGCCUUUCAGCAUUUGGAACAGCACACAAACAUACAGUAAAAAAAGAAGUUUAUAUUUAUUUAGUUACUAUAUUUGUGUUUUUAAUUUCAAAUGGACUAUAUUUAACUACUGUAUAUGAUGAAGUUAAUGAUCCACAAAUAUUAUGUAUGAUUUUAGUUUUAGUUUUAGCUUACAGUAUAUAGUUAAUGGAAGGUGUUACAGACUGAUAAUACUUAAAAUGUUUCAUAAAAUAGAAAGAGCUUGAUUUAAGGAUUUGAUACCUGCCUUUGUAAAACUUUUAGCACAUAUAUACCAAACUGUGACCUUGAAUCUAAACCAAGUAUAGUUCAGGUUUACCCUGACAGUUCACAUCUGUAUUUAGUUCAGAAAUCUCUUUGAGCUCUAAUAAAUUAAGAUAUUACUUUCUCCAUAUAAUAUGAUAAUAUUACAUAUUCUGUAUCUAUAUAUACCAACACUGCAUUGAUGUUUUCUGAUGCUUACAUUGAAUGAAAAUUCAAACCCAAGAUUCCUUAUAUUUCAAGGCUGCUCUCCAUUGAUAUUUUGGGAAAUAGUGUAAUAUACAACUACAACCAGGAAAUGGUUAGCAUAGCAUAAAGACUGGAAGCAAAAGGGAAAAAAAUCUACCUACUGGCACCUCUUAAAUUAACAAAUUAACACUUGAUACCUUGAUCAUUAAGGGUGCUAUAAGUAAUUUUUUUCAUUGCUACAUAGCCAACAUUAGUAUUAACAGCUGUUUCUUUCAACCAUCACUGAAUUCACAAGACAAAAAGUUAGAAUAUGCCCUCUGAGCAGCACAGUGUCUUAGUCCUCUCAUGUUGGACAGAGGGCAAACUGGACAGUACAGUGACUCACUAUCACAACGUGGUGUUACCAGAUGGGACAGGCCGGGGCUAGCUGGUUAGCAUACUAACGUCAGCAACAAAAAAGAGGUGGUAGAAAUAAGCAAAACAAGAGCUAACAUUGGUGUGGCUUUCCACCACUGGAGACAGCUCUUGGCAAGUAAAGGAAUGUAAAAGUUUGAUGCUGAGCUCGCAACAUUUCUUCUAGACUGGCAAGUAAAGAGCUUUUAAUAUUAAAGUUGGCUAUGUGGCAAUAGCAAAACCAUACAUAUAGCACCUUUAAACCAUUAGUCUUCCAACCAGCAGAGAAUCCAGGAAGUCACUGUGCCCAGCCAAGAAAUAGUCCAGCAAAUAUCCCCUCACAAACUGUGAUUUUAACUCUUACAUGUUUUCUACAGAUUAAACAAACAAUCUAUGGCAUGUUAAUUAGUGAGCUUUAGAGGUGUUGGUAGGAGGAUUUUCUUUCCUUUGGAUUGAGUCAGGCUAGCAGUUUCCUCCUGUUUCUACUUUACCUCUAGAAAGUGAAAAAACAAAGUUAGUGAAGUGUAGGUAGUAGUUCACUAGGUUUUGAGAUUCAUUAUAUGGAUAAAAGUUUGAGUAUAUGACACCUGUAUCUCAAAAGUCACAUAAAUAAAAACCAAAACAAUCUGGGUGACCUCACCCUUUACACCACACGCUGAGGGUUUGAACGAUGCCUGGCCAAGCAACAUGAAUUUGUAGAAAUAAACCCACUGGUGGGUCUGACAAAGUUGAUCAAGUUAAUUUUAUUAAUUUGAAGAUGUGUUAAUCUUUUGUGGUUCUGCCGUAACAUCUUUGCUGUACUAGUUUGUAGUAUUUUGAUCUGCUUACACUGUUGAAUAUUUAGACUUGAGAAUAAUGUUUUGCAUGUUUCGUCCGGUCCGUCCUCUAGUUGGUAUAGUGAACUGCACAGUAACAGAUUUUCCUUCCCACACUGUCAUAUAUAGAUGUUAUUGUAAUACUGUACAUUUGGCAUCUUAUAGUGAAGUGUAUUGAAGUCCCGUUCUGUGCUACAGUUAUUAUAAUGUUAUAUUAGUACUAGGAAGCCCUUCUUAAAAGAUGUAACAACAAAUAAUAUUUCAGACUUUGCUGUUGUGAUGUUAAGUCAGUUUGAGCUUAAUUUAGGGAUGUGGAUGAAUACUUAAAACAUUUGUAAUUCAGACUCAUUUUGGGUCCCAUAAUAGCACUGACAAACUGCAUGAGUUCAUUCUCUCUACAGAUUACAAGAGCAUUUUGUGAUAUUGAAAUAUAUAUGUCACAAAUUAACUUACUAAAAAUUAUGUUUCAAAGCAAUGCAAAGUUUAAAAAAAAGAAACUCAGAGAAAUGUUAUGACAAAUACAUGGUGAUUGUAACCAAAGAUGGGUUUAUAUUGUAUCACCACACUCGGGCUUCAGAAAAGUCCUGUGUAAAUCAUCAUUUUUGUCAUUUUUAUUUAUGUAUUACUCUAUUUUGUGUUUGUUUAUCAGUACUGAUUCCUGAUCAAACUGUUUUUACAGACAAAUUAUGAACAACAGCAGGAGAAAUAUUUAGUGCACGUGUCAACUUCCGUCCCUCGCUUUUCCAUGUGUAUUUGCAGUGGCUGUUGUGGUGUAAAUGAAGGGUUAGUUUUGUCAUGUUUAGUGAACAGUUUUUAUUCACUUUAAGGGAUCAUGCCAAAAUAACAACUUACUACCUACCUUUGAAAUGCCUUUAACUUUUAAGCAGAUACCACAGUUUAAAUACCAGACACAGUGUAUCAAAUACCAGACACAGUAUAUCAAAUCUAUAUCAAAUAUGCAUUUUUCAUGUACCUAAAAAAACCUAUGUGAUAUUUUAUUAUAGCUGUUAUUCAAGACAUGCAUCUAUUAAAUGACACAACUUUAAGUAAAUAACAAGGUAUAUGAAUUUUGGUGAAUAAGAUGUGGCUCUAUAUAAAUAAUGUACAUAAAUGUAAACCUUUUAUAUUUGUGACGCAUAUUUACGGUAGCUUGUAAAGUGUAAAUAGCAGGGACAGUUUUAGUUUGGCAAUAAAAUAAUUGUAGAUGUUUUUA